ACCAUAACCGCGGCUGGCGGCAGCAUCUCCUGCAUCCCCGGGGCCGAGACUCGCGGAGCUCCCGUCACGGCAGGCUCAGCCAGAGGCACGGAUGGAGAGUUCACACGACAGGCCUGGACGCUGGUGACCUCUUAGGCCUGACCUCGUAGGUCUAACUUAACGGCCUCGGGAUCCGUCCUUCAGGGAAGCAAAACGCAUCCAGAGCCCUUGGGCCCGUCCUUGCGCGGCCGCGGAGCGAGCCCGGCACCCCGGGGUCACCCCGGUGAGGCACUUCGUGGGCUCCCGACAGCAAACAGCUCCCGUGCACGUUGUCCCUUCGCGAGAUGAAACACAGAGCGGCGUCACCCCUGGAUAAGCUUUUGGAAGUCCUGGCUUGUUAUUUAAGCAAGUCCAGGGUGCCAGUUGUGAUUUUUGGGCGCGCGUAUCCCCGCUCCCUCUCCUGAGCAGUGCUCACAGCGGCUGAGGGUCGUCCCCCCCCCACCUGGGGAUGUUCUCCCUUAAGCUCAAAACAGCAGCAGCAGCCCCGGACCGACCCAUCGGGGUGUAUUUUGGAGCUGCUGGGAAGGAGCUCUCGGCUUUGGUGCCAUCCUGGAGCAGAUGACUGACAAAGUAAUGAAUGGGAGGGUGCCCCUGCCCGAAAAAGCCUUGUCGGAGGGCUACGCCCGGCUGCGGUACAGGGACACCUCUCUGCUCAUCUGGCAGCAGCAGCAGCAGAAGCUGGAGUCAGCCCCCCCCAACACUUACCUGAGCCGGAGUCGGAGCAUGUGGUACUCUCAGUACGGGAACGAAGCCAUCCUAGUGCGGGACAAAAACAAGCUGGAUGUCUCCAGGGACACGGGGCAAUCCAAGUUUUGUGCUAUUAUGUAGUUUCGGUGGGUUUGCAUUAGAAAUCCACACGCGGAGGGGCAAACCGGACUCUCAGCGAGCUGGGGGAGAUGGGUUUGCAGCAUCCUCACGACAGCCCUGUGGCUAAGGCGACGUCCAGGGGAUUAAGCCAGAAGGGCUGUCUGAAGUUUACGUUUCUUUUCGCUGUCGGUAGCAUCAGAUUUUGCAUGUUGUUGAGUGCGUGUAUCAAAACCAGCCUCGCUCAGGAACUUGUGAGCCUGUGCUUGCUGCCUGGCAUCUUGGCAGGGUCUGUGCUGGACCAUGUGUUGCUUGUGAGUGGCUUGUGUACCACGAGAAACACCCGCUGGCAUUUGGGAGCCAUCCCCAGCAGGCACUUCUACCUGCUAGUCCUUACGCACUGCCAAAGCUCUGUGGGUGCUGGGGGGAGAGAGGCCAGAGCAGAUCCGUUUCCAUUCAGGCUGGUAUUUCAGGAAGGUGAUCUGCAAAAAUACCGGGCCAUCGCUUGUCCUGCUUGCUCUGCCUCCCUUUAAUCACUGUUGGAAGUGGUCUCUUACAACCAGGUAACGAAGGGAUUUAUUGGGGGGGCGGUGGGGGGAAGGGAAGAUUGUACAGAGAAUUUCAUCUGAGCCUUCGAAACUCGGCAGGAAAGGUGGGCUGCAGCUUCACCCUGUGCAGAGCAAAGGGCCCUCUCUGAUGCCACAGUUCGGUAUCGUGGAAAUAACUGACCGGACUUUGGGAGCUGGUGGAGCCGACUCCUUCCAUGCAGGUAUAUUCCCCAGCCCACGCUUUGGGACCGGAUCACCUUUUGAACAAUCUGAGGAGGGACAGGCCCAGCAGAGCAACAGGAAGAAAGCUCCUGUAAAUACAUCUCCUGCUAAGGAGAUUUAUCCUGUAAGAAAACCCCUGCACAGUACAUACCUGUCCCCGAGAUCCGUUACGGAAGAAAAGGGUCUACUGAAGUUUGCUCUGCAUUUAGGUUUUAAUGCAUGCAGUAGCUUGGAAGGGUUUAUCUUCUAAUUCGGGUUGGAUAGUAGAUUUGGUGCAUGUAUUUUAAAAGUUGUGUCUGGGAGUGUUUGUUUCAACUAACUGAAGCAUUUUAGGAGUGAAAAAUACAGGUGCACUUAAUGGGAAUAGAAAUUGUUUUCAGGUUGUUGCCGUUAGAGCUGAAUCUGACUUGCUCAAGGCAAGAUCAAGCUGAGAAACUCAACCCAGCAAGCACCUAAACCUUUAUUAAAAACAAAGCGGUACCACUUCCAGGGUGCUAAUUACGUGCCCAGGGUUCAGCACUGAAGUAUAACGUUGAGCUUAAGUCAUAGACUCCCCUUGUGCCCUCCCUGCCUAGGACGUCCUCCUGCAGCCCUGUGUGCCUAAUCCAGCAGCAUUUAGGUAUAGGCUUAACUUCAAGCAAAUCAGUAUUUGAUGCUGACUUCAGUAUGGAUUAUUUACCUGUGCCUAGGCACAGUCAUUACUUCUGUUAAUAUUUAUCUAAAACCUCUUCUGCAUUUUUCAAGCACUUUAUUUUAAUACAGUGAAGAAUCUCUUCCACCUCUCCCAUGUGGGUUAAAUCCUACAACAGAGUCAAGUUUGCUGAGCAGAACAUCCCUGUUUUAACACGAGAUUGUAGAGGUUUGAUGGACUCAGCCCUGAUCCGUAGCACGUGUAUGCACUACAAGCCAUAGGCAGCUGUUUUGUUGUGUUUUUUUUUUUUUUUUUUUUUUUAAAAAAAGUACUAUUUAUGCAUGUGUUGAUGUUUGGUACCUUACACAUGUGCUCAUAAAACUAAACCUGCUGAUGGCCCUCAGUGCUUCGCAGACCUGUGAACUGCUCUGCACCCUUCCAUGAUUCCCUUCAUCUUGCCAGGACUAGCUCUGGAUGGGAAAUAUUUUGGUGAAUAAAUGUUUUUCAACUUGGGGAAAAAGCAUUUAACAAGAUUCACAAAACUAACGAGACUCAGAAAGGUGCCGGCAGCAGUGGUGAUGCUCCUGCACCCAGCGUGCUGUUUAAGGUAGAGCAUCAUGGGGACGUGUGACCCACCCAGGGCUCCAGUUCUCAGCUCAGCAGACGGGUGAUUAUUUAUGAUUAUUUAUACAAAGGGGAGGAGGCUGGGUUAAGAGCUCCCCUGAAAACUGCACAGGGAGAAAAGACCUGGAGAGGCAGGAGAGGGGGACUCGGGGCCUUUCCAGCAGCCACGGGGAGCAUGCGAACUCUGGGAGUUUAAGGAACAGCACAUCCCCAAAGCCAGCUGUUCAUUUUCUUUUCUUAUAGAAAAAAACAUAGGUUUUCUUUUAUUUUAAUUUCAGUAAGAAAGUUUAUUUGAUUAUCUCGGGUAUAAUCAGUCUCUUUUUGUUUAUGUGGCUGGUAAACCAAAAUUGAGUUAUUUGAAGAGUGUUAAUUGGACUAUACGAGAAUAAAAACUGAAGUAUGUGCAUAAAUUCUUCCAGGCUUGAGCCUGGGUAUGACAGUACAGGAAGAGCGUGACUUGUUCUUCCCCUCUCUCUGUGAAUGUGACUGUAUUUUUUUCCCUAUCUGUGUGUCCUUAUUAGUCACAGCAGGUUUGUGGAGUGGCUGCUAUGAGCGAGCAUUUCUGUAAGCCAGUUGUGUAGUGUUGAUGCACUUGGUUAAAAUGCUGUUGUAGCCUCUUUGAUAAAGUGCAUUAAAAUGAUUUGAAUGCA